GUUAUCGCUGUUCGGCGCAGUAGAAUUUACGGAGAGACUUGGUGAGCAGGCGAUGAAAUCUAAAACCUUACUAAAGCUCGAUGAAGAAAUCAUCCGUGAAUGCAGACUAUUGGAUAUCUGAGAUAACAGAUCCCCUACAGCAAUAUGAAGUGUGAGGAAGAGGAGAGUUUGAAUGACCCGCAGGUCCAUAACCAGGAGAGCAACUUUGGUCUGAGCGAGGAUGGUCCAGAACCACAGAUUAAAGAGGAACAGGAGGAAGUCUGCACCAGUCAGGAAAUAGCGAAGGUUAUAGUGAAGCAGGAGUCUGAAGAAAUCUUCGUCUGGACCGGGAAAGAGCGGUUCAGAGUGCUGGAUAACAUCUGGACACGUGAGGAAGACUUGCACUACACAGGUCCGCACACACACGAUAUGAUCAAACUAGAAGAAAAUGGACCCCUCAAACACGAAGAUUCUGACUCUGUAACAGUGCCGGACGAAGAUGGGUUUUCUGUCCACUCCUCUGGGCUGGACUCUGCUGAUAGUGAUGAUGAAGCUGACUUGAGUGAAGAAAUGUAUCCGUACUAUGACACUGAUGAUGAUUAUGAUGAUGAUUAUGAGGAGGAGGAGGAGGAGGAAGAGGAAGAAGAAACCGAAGCCGCCACUACUCUGGAUGGAGGCAGAAGAAGAUUAAGGAGUCAGAGGAGUUGGCCUUCAGCAAACAAAGCCAAGCGCUCUAGGUCAGAGCCACUCUCUGGUGAUGCAGCUGCCUGGAAAAGUGAAAAGGACCCCGACAACUUGCCACACCCCCUGCCACAUUUCCUGCCCACGAGAAAGCCAGGUAUCCAACUACCUCUUUCAGAGUAUCUGACCAAUCCAUCUCCAUCUAAGCUCUUCAAGAUGUAUUUUAACUGGGCCGCUGUCAAAACACUGUGUGCAAACACAAACAAAAAUGCAGCAAAAAAUAUUGCCGCAGGUAAAAAAUUCAAAUGGGCUGAGCUCACAGAGGCUGAACUCUAUCGCUACAUUGGCCUGACACUGUACAUGUGGAUUCUGAAGCUGCCAAAUAUCAGGGAUUUUUGGCGUGUCAGUUCUAUCUUUUAUGUGCCGUAUCCUAGCAAGGUAAUGUCGAGAACCCGGUUCCUCCUCAUCACCUGGAACAUUCAUAUGAGUGACCCUGCUGAAGAUGAACUCAAUGACCGCAAAAAAGGCACCGAUGAUUAUGACUGCCUGCACAGAAUACGCCCCCUGUAUGACAGUUUGCGGUUAGCUUGCAAAGCGGUGUACCAUCCCCAGAAAAACCUCUCUGUGGAUGAGCGCAUGGUACCGACCAAAGCCAAAACUGCCCUAAAGAAAAACAUAAAGAAGCAAAAAAAGAGGUGGAUAAAAUUUUUUGUGUUGUCUGACAACACGGGGUACACUUUUGACUUCAAGGUUUAUACAAGGAAGUCCACUCUGGAAACCGGGAGGGGGCUGUCAUUUGAUGCAGUGGUGUCUCUCAUCAACAAAAACUGCCUCGGAUCUGGAUAUCACAUUUACUUUGAUAAGUUUUAUACCAGCCCAGCACUGUUCCGCCACCUUCACGACCUGGGGUUCGGAGCAUGCGGCACAUUUCGGGACACGAGAAUCGGCACCCCGAAAACCAAAGUUAAUGCCUUGACCAAAGAAUCUCCAAGAGGGACAGUCAGGUGGAUCAGAGAGGGAGCCCUCAUUUUCAUCAAGUGGAUGGACACAAGGGAGGUGAGUGUGUGCUCCACCAUGCACACUGCCUUCUCAGGGGACACUCUGAAAAGGAUGUGUAAGGUUGGUGGAAAACGCAGAGUAGUCGAGGUGCCGGUGCCAUCGGCUGUGAAAGACUACAACAGCUUUAUGGUGGAAGCUGACCUGACAGACCAGCUGAUUGGCUCCUAUUCCUCAUGGAGAAAGAGCAGGGCGUGGUAUGUGAUGGUGCUGUAUCAUUUCAUUGACAUUGCUGUAACAAACAGCUACUUAAUCAGCAAGGAGCUGUGUGGCAGACUGGAGGAGCAGCCUGUGAAGCACCAGGCCUUCCUGGAACAGCUGAUAGCUGAGCUCUGUGAGGUUCCCCUACAAUCGGUCCCAGAGAGGUAUCAGCACAUCCCUGUUGCCAUUGUUGAAGGGGCAUCUGGCCAUAAUAAAGCCUCAAAGGGGCGAAGGAAGUGCAAACUGUGUCGGAAGUGCACUCCCUUCAUGUGUGAGGCAUGUAGAGUGGCUCUGUGUGUUAUUGUUGACAGGAACUGUCACAAGCUAUAUCACAGCUCCUUAAAGGGUACUGAAAAUUAAAAUUUGACUUCAUGCUUCUCUGUAUACAAGUUUCCCUGACACUUAAAACUUUGAUUAGACUGUUGAAAAUUGUUUAUUUUGAUAAAUUGUAACUUUGCAAAUGUUUCACAUGUGCAUUUUGUUUUAGUUUUUAAUGCUGUUAAUACAUUUAAAAAUGUUUGCAUCUCAAAAAUGAAGCUAUAAACAUACUAGCAAUAAAUUUCGAGAGCUUCAAAAGGAUUCUGUGACAAUUUUCUUUUUCCAUUUAUAAUUUUGAGGCACACAGCUAUAAAAAAUUGUAUGUAGAAAAUUACAUCUUUAUAGAAAUCUGUUUUUUUUCCGGCUUAUUGUUCUUUACCCAUUUAUUAGUUACUAAGAACUUAUUACAUAUUGAAUUUGGGAAAUGAAGGUUAUAAUUAUGUAGCCAGCUGAAAUGGCACAUUUCACACAGCAUGUAAAAAUACAAGGAUAAGCUGUAGCAGACUUGUUCUAUGGGAGAUCACAACUUGGAACCCUCUUACCAUCUGUAGACCAAAGAACAGAUUGGUCUGUAGGCCUGGAUUAGUUCCACAAGUUAUCAUACCAGCCUAUGUGAAUGACCUUCAUAAU